GGAUGUGGGUGCGCGCGCGAGGUUGUUUUUUUUUUGGGGGGGGGGGGGUUGUUAUUUUGUUUGUCGCGCCUGGCUUUCGCAGCGCGUGGCUUGAGCUCUGCGUGGCCUCGUUUCGCCUCCAACGAUGCGGCCAGCAGGCCAAGAGACAUUUCGGCGUUGAGCUCUCCAGGCUGACCAGAGAAAAGGGGGCAGUUUACUUCUUACUGGUUUGCUGACUGGCGGCAGGUCGGUGGGAGCACACAGUCUGUGGGUCCAUCUGGCCGGUUAAAAGGAGCUGAGACAAGAGCGGGUGGCCGCCGGAUCGGCAGGAUGUACACUGCCGGACUCGCCCCGUUUUAUGCUUCCAACUUCAGUCUGUGGUCGGCGGCAUAUUGUGCCCCGGCCGGCCCCGGCGCUGGCGGCUGUUUCUCCUUGGAUCCCUCGGGGCUCAAGAAACCGUCUUUCUGCAUCGCGGACAUCUUACACGCUGCCGCAGGAGGAGAAGCCUCUGUGGACGGCCUGUCCGGAGGAACCGCGGCUAAUCUGGCCUCCCAUUUAGGUGGAAUCCAUGCCCAUGCCCAGUACCGCGGCGCCGCUUCCCCGCUCAGACCAACCCCCAUGGUGGCUCCGGACACUUCAGUCGCCUUCGCCACUAGGCUGUCACCUCUCUCGGCUACCUACCACAACUCUCAUCCUCAGCACCAACGCUCUCCCACAGGGGGCUCCGGCGGGGCUGCACGAACCCCGGGCGGAGGGCAAAGCCGCCAGACCCACCCUGGCUCUGCAGCCGCUCCCUCUAGCAAAGACUUGAAAUUUGGGAUUGAUCGCAUUUUGUCUGCCGAGUUCGACCCGAAACUGAAGGAGAGCAACACUCUGAGAGAUCUGACCUCUUUAUUAACCGCCAGCCGCCCAAGCGGGGUUCAUGUCCCCACAUUACAGCCUCCGUCCGGCCAGUUCUUCACGUCUCUAGAACCCAUUAACGAGACUUCUGGGGUCCUGGGACCCUUAAACACAACCCCAAGGAAUUCCGUUCAGCACCAGUUUCAAGACACUUUUCCAGGUCCGUAUGCGGUGCUUACGAAAGACACGCUGCCUCAGACCUACAAACGGAAACGCUCGUGGUCCCGGGCAGUUUUUUCUAAUCUCCAAAGAAAAGGGUUGGAGAAACGCUUUGAAAUCCAGAAAUAUGUCACCAAACCGGACAGAAAACAAUUGGCCGCCAUGUUAGGGCUCACAGAUGCUCAAGUGAAAGUCUGGUUCCAGAACCGGCGCAUGAAGUGGCGACAUUCCAAAGAGGCGCAGGCGCAGAAAGACAAAGAGAAAGAGCCGGCCGAGAAGGUGGCUGCAGCCGGAGCGGCUCUCGGGCCUGGGCCAGCGGGCGAAGGUGAGCUCGAGCGCAGCCCGAGCCACUCGGAAGGCGAGAGCGACAGCAGCGAGGCAGAAUCCCUGGAUCUGGAGCUCGGUAGCGACGCGGAACGGACUGAGGCCGGAGCUACCCCCGAUCAGGCCAUGCAGCGGCACAUGUCGGAGGUGCACCCACCCGCCGGUUCAGAGACCGCAGCUCACCCCGAGGCGCCACCUGCUCUCCCAGGCCUGGAGCAAGGCCGAGAGCCUCUGCGGUGCCCCGAGCCUUCGUUUUGCCUGCGGGACUCUCCGUGAUGGCCUCCUUUCGGCUCCAGCUCCGAGGGCCCAGCCUGACAACCCUCUUGGAUGCGGGAUACUAACUCCUAGUGUGGGCGGAGCGCUCCUGAAUGGGUUCCGGGGGAAUUGACUUUGAACAGCGGGUGGAGCUGGGCUUACCUUCGGAAUCGGGGCCCUGUCCCUAUAUGGAGUGUGCGGGGGGGGAGGCUCCCCAAAAGACACGGGGCGGCCCAGAGGUGAUCCUGCAGGCCUCCAGAUGGCGCGCCCUGAACGGGUCCACUCAGGUAGGGAAGUUGGGCGCCUUCCCAGCAAAAAGUCCCCAGGCCACGAAGGCUUCUGGUUGGAGGAGCUUAGCAAAGGCCAAAGCGGGGGGGUGGGGAGGUUGGCUUUUGCAGCCUUCUAUUCUCCUCGGGCUCCCUCGCCCCUGGCAAAUGGUUGCUUUUGCCAAAUGACUUGGAGGAAGUUGGAGAAAAGUGGAUUGUAAAUAAAGAGUUUCUUAACAUUUUAACGGGUAUUUUUGUUCACGGCAAAAGUAGGCUAGUUGCCUUAAUGGUCUGACAGCUGAGUUGCUGAUUCUAACUUACCUGCCUCACCUGAGCAUGGAUUCACCUUCUCCCCAAAUCUCCAAGUUCUGUGUCCCCCAUAGGAUGGUGUGUAAUAAAUACUUUGAAGAAGGGUAGGCAAAGUUUGUUCCAAAUUUUUCCUGAAUGAAAACCAAAGUUGUAGUAUAGGAAAGCAACCCUUUCAGGGAUUUUAAAUUUCCCUAUUUAUAUAUUGAAAAGCAAGGAUUUCAUAUCAGGCUCUGCAUUUAAUUUCUGUAGUUACAGUGAAUGGCUUGGUGAGAAGCAAAUGGCACUUAAAAAUCCACUA